AGACCAGGAAGUAAUGUGCAAAUGGCACUGAUGUUUCUCAAACCCGUGAAUAACCUCCUGAACUUUAAGCCAUGGCAAUAAUAACUUCACCGCUUUCACCUCAUACCAAGCUCUGGAUCACAAGCCAGAAACACAACAUAGUCCAAGUAUAACAAUAACAAUGGCGCCACAACAAUUAUCAACUUUACCUACGGUCCGAAAACAAAAUUUACUUGUAGAAUUGUCCGUUGAUCCACUCUUUCUACAUACAGAAACCAACCAUGCUAAUAUAUGAAUCCACCAACUCAGUUCAAGUCUAAAAUACGCAUGUCCGCAUGGCGUGUUCAUGAGCCUCACUCCAGGCGACUCCACCCUCUGGUCCGGCGUCCUCUUCGUACGGAAAGGUAAAUCUAAGUCUCACGCCAUCCGAUCUGCCACUCCAUGCAUCCUGCUCGCGCGGAGGCGGCUUCGAAAUAGUCAUGUUAGAUCUCAACUAACCUGCCUUGUUGUGUCUUAUACUAGGCCCAUAUGCGCCUUCAGUCCUGCGCUUCCAUAUCUCGUUUCCUCCGCAGUAUCCAGCUCUGCCGCCUCUGGUGACUUUCUCGACGGACAUUUUUCAUCCGCUUAUCACGCCGCUUACGACGUAUAUGUAUAGUACGGAUACGCAGUCUGAUGGCACAGUGAGUGCGACGGAUGAGGAGAGGUUACCGCCUGGAGGGUUCUCGCUGAGAGAUGGAUUUCCGGCUUGGUUUGGGAGGAGAAGUAGGAGGAGUGUUGAACAGAGGACUCCGACGAAGCCGGAUGGAAGCACGACCGGGAGUAUAGCUAUGAGUAGUCCGGGGAGUGGUAUUUCGUCACCGGGCAAAACGGCAGAUGGUAUAAGGGUAGGGGUUUAUGAGGUUUUGAGAUAUCUUAGGAGGACUUUUGAUGAUGAGCUCGUGCUAGACAAGGUACCUUUGGAGGCGGCUGGUAAUCCUGGCGCUUGGCACGCGUGGAAGUCGUAUCGCAUCAAGAUUGGCAAGAUGACUGCAGAGAAGAAAGAUCCCGAUUUGAAAGAUCCGACAUCACCUAUAGUAGCACGCGCACCAGGAGAAUGGAAUUGGGAUGGUGUAUGGGAAGCAAGAGUUAAGAAGGGCAUCGAGGCCAGUAUAGCAGACACAGUACUAUAUGGUUUCGGGGCAGAUGAUUUGAUACAGUUUCUGAAUUUUGACAAGGAGAAGGUUGAGCAAAUCACAGAGCAGAUCAAGGAGAGUGCACAUGCUCUGGAGCCACAACGAAGGAGCGUGGCAUGAUAUCAGAGAACAUCAUGGACAUUUCAGCAUUUUUGUGCGGUUCAGCAUGUUCUAUGGACUAUUGUUUCUAGCAUUGAUACCCCCAGUUCACCCAAUAUGACUUUUAAUUCUUCUUUAUGUCUUGAUCUGGAAUUGGCGUUUGGGUACGUACAAAAGGAAAAUUUCGGACGGUUUGGGGUAUACAUAUCCGGUAUUCAUACAUUUGUCAAGUGAUUGUCUUCACACAACACGGUAGCCAUGCUCGCAAUUAAGAAUCUAUGAAUCGCUAACAUUCAAAUUCUGCGAAGGUAAAU